AUGAAGUUGGCGUGGGCAACUACGGUCCUUCUCCUGGGCUCUCAGGGAGUGACCUCCUUGUCUAUUCCAUUCACUUCUCAAUCUGAUCUGAUCGAGCGCAAUUCCGAUACCGAUUUGACUACUCUGGAUGCACGAUUUGUCGAUCUCGAAAAGCGACGCGGUGGUGGAGGUGGCGGUGGCCGGAGUGGAGGAGGAAGCUCCAGUUCCAGUUCGAGUUCCAGUUCCAGCGGUGGAAGCAGUGGAGGUCGCUCUGGCAGUUCUUCCUCCUCCAGCAGCAGUUCCUCUUCUAGUCGAGGAGGUACUAGUGGCAGUACGAGUUCGUCCAGCAACCGAGGCGGCUCAUCCAGCGGAGGCUCUGGGGUUAGCCCAUCCUACGGCGGCGGCAGGUAUGAUUCCAGCAAUCCUUCUCACGGCACAACCUAUGGGUCCUCUGGGAGUGGCAGUAGUGGUGGAUCUUCGUGGCCCUGGAUGUGGAAUUCAGGGUCUGGCAGUGGCGGCGCGAAGACCCCCAAGACGAAGACCCAAAAGCCCAUGAAGACAAUCACAGAUACUAAGACAUUCGGUCACAACAGAUAUUACGCAGGUGGUGCGCGAUCACCUUACACAUCGGGCUCUAGAUCCCCAUCGGGGAUUACGCCUUUCCUCUUGCCAGCAGCAGCCCUGGCGUUCUUCCCGGGUAUCUGGCUCGCGGGCGCAUACGCCUACAGUUACCCCCAUGCAUACUACUAUCACGAUAACACCAACAACAAGAACGAGUCACUGCCCGUGGUCUGUCUCUGUGAAGAGUACCAGGAGUGUGGCUGUGAUGAUAACAACAAUAGCACCUACUACGAGUCCCUGUUCAACGGUACUCAGCCACACAACACGUCCAUGGUGCGAGUGGCCAACGUCAAUGGCACCGAGAAGAUCGUUAUCAACGGAACUUUGGCUAAUGGCACGACUUCCGACAAUGGCAGUUCCAGUUCCAGUUCCUCCACUUCGGGAGCCGCUCAGGGGCCUCUGGUGACUCUGGUCAAUGCUAGUGGGUACUGGGUGAUGGUGGCUGUGGUUAUUGCGACCGUGUGGUCAUUCUAA